UUCCAUUAUGGAGGUUUCCUAAAUUCAUGAAAAUACCCAACAAAAUGUACGUUCGUAUCAUAUAAUUUGGAUAUGUUUGGAGCUCAGAUUCUUGAAAUGGUGGCGAAAUCAUGUCAACAUCUUCUCUCUUUCUCUCUCUUCUUUGAAUCUUCCGUUUCCUUUUUUAUGCUUAUCUUUUGCCAAAAGUAACGAAUUCAACUCGUGAAUUUCCUCGUUUUUCAACGCCGCAAACUUCUUCUUCUUCUUCUUCUUCUUCCAAAUUGAUAUACGGCUACAAUGGAUUCGGCUGUUGUGUGGUCGGUAGAGAUGGAGUUGGAACCGGAGAUUGAUCGAUUGCCGAUUGACCUAUUGGCUCAUAUUUUUGCUAUGAUCACCUCCUUCACCGAUUUGGCUCAGGCGUGCGGCGUAUGUAGAAAAUGGAAGGAAGGAGUUAAAUUGUCUCUCGGUAGGAGGAAGAGUUUGAGCUUUGCUGGUUGGAAGAUGGAUGAUAAUUCCACUGCUCGCCUUAUUCGCCAUGCCUACAGUCUUCGGGAGCUCGACAUCUCAAGGAGCCGUUGGGGUUGCCAAAUAACAGACCAUGGAUUAUAUGAAAUCUCUCUUGCAAAGUGCAUUCCCAACCUCAAGUCCAUUUCGCUUUGGGGUAUGGCAGGGAUCACCGACAAGGGUGUUGUGCAACUGAUUUCCAGAGCCAACUCUUUACAAAACUUGAAUAUUGGUGGAACCUUUGUCACAGACGUAUCUCUAUAUGCAAUUGCAGAUAGCUGCCCAAAUUUGAAGACCAUUGUCCUUUGGAGCUGUCGCCAUGUAACAGAGACCGGACUUCUUAUUCUUGUAAGUAAAUGCCGAAAACUCGAGUCGAUAAAUGUUUGGGGAAUGAGGGUUCCUGUAGACUGCUUCAUUGGUUUGGUUGCGAUAAGUCCAUCCCUUCAAAUAAAAUCAAGAAGUCUGCUUAAUUCUAUGUGGCCUGUUGUGUGAAAAUAUGCUAUUAAAAUAUUCUUCAUAUGUCCUGUAAAGCUUCUAUUGUAUGUAUAUGUCUUCAUCUUUGUGUUUUUCUUCAUUAAAAGUAAAAUAUUAGAUUUGUUAUCAUUCCCCCAAUAAAGCUGAUUGUGUUACGUUCA